AUGCCUUGGCCAUUUUCCGAGUCCAUCAAGAAGAGGGCCUGUCGGUACCUCUUGCAGAGGUACCUGGGCCAUUUCCUGCAGGAGAAGCUGAGCCUGGAGCAGCUCAGCCUGGACCUGUACCAGGGCACCGGCUCCCUCGCCCAGGUGCCCUUGGACAAAUGGUGUCUGAAUGAUAUCCUGGAGUCAGCAGAUGCUCCGUUAGAAGUCACCGAUGGAUUCAUCCAGUCUAUCUCUCUAUCGGUCCCGUGGGGCUCCUUGCUGCAGGAUAAUUGUGCCCUGGAAGUGAAAGGCUUAGAGAUGGUCUUCCGACCUCGACCUCGUCUAGCGACUGGUUCCGAGCCUAUGUGCUGGUCAAGUUUCAUGACCAGCAGUAUGCAAUUGGCAAAAGAAUGUCUUAACCAGAAACUGACAGAUGAGCAAGGAGAAGGAACCCAGCCUUUUGAAGGACUUGAAAAGUUUGCUGAAACCAUUGAAACAGUACUAAGAAGAGUGAAGGUCACUUUUAUAGACACUGUUUUGAGGAUUGAGCACAUACCGGAAAACGCCACAACAGGCACCGCACUUGAAGUCCGGAUAGAGAGAACUGUUUACUGUGAUGAGGCCGCUGAUGAACUCUCAGGGGUCAAUGUCCACCAGCCCACUGCCUUUGCCCACAAGUUACUCCAGCUCUCCGGAGUAUCACUCUUCUGGGACGAAUUUUCUGCAUCAGCAAAGUCUUCCCCAGUGUGUCCAACUGCACCAGGGGAGACUGAGCCGAAGCUCUCCCCUAGCUGGAACCCCAAAAUUGUUUAUGAACCUCACCCCCAGCUAACUAGAAAUUUACCAGAGGUAGCACCAUCUGACCCAGUGCAGAUUGGAGUGUUCAUUGGCAGGUUGGAGUUGAGUCUCACAUUUAAACAGAAUGAAGUACUUCCUGGAGCGAAGUUGGAUGUUGAUGGACAGAUACACUCGAUUCACCUAUUCCUGUCGCCAAGACAGGUGCACUUGCUUUUGGACUUGUUAGCAGCCAUUGCUGGACCAGAAACUUCUAACAAAAUAGGAUUGUCUCAUAAAGAUAGAAAAAAUCGCCCCAUGCAGCAAGAGGACGAGUACCGAGUACAGAUGGAGUUAAACCGCUAUUACUUGAGAAAAGACUCUCUGUCUGGGGGUGUAUCUUCAGAGCAAAGCUUUUAUGAGACAGAAACAGCUCGCACACCCUCUAGCCGAGAAGAAGAAGUUUUCUUCUCUAUGGCUGAUAUGGACAUGGCCCCCAGUCUCUCUUCUCUUCCACCUCUGGGAGACCCCCCAGACACGGACCUUGAGCUCUCCUUAACGAGCACACAUACAAAUGCCCCCGCAGGACCUCCACUGAGCGCUCCUGGGCUGCAGCCCACCUGGGGAGAUUUCCUCGAUCGCCAUAAAGAACAUGCAGGAGGAGGGCCUCCGUUCCCACCCACCCCUGGCCACCCGAAGACUCCCCUCCCUUCUAGAUCCGUUUCUGUGGAUGAGUCCAGGCCUGAGCUGAUUUGUAGACUGGCUGUGGGAGCUUUCUCAGUCUCGGUCCUUCACGUCGAUCCUUUAUCUCCACCAGAAUCGUCCUUGGACCUCAACCCAUUGACGUCCAUGGCCGUAGCUUUCUUUACUUGUAUAGAAAAGAUCGAUCCCGCAAGAUUUUCAACAGAAGAAUUUAAGUCUUUACGAGCAGUGUUUGCGGAAGCUUGCUCACAUGAUCACCUUAGAUUUGUAGGCACCGGCAUCCGAGUCUCCUACGAGCAAAGACAAAGACCGGCCUGCAGAAGCGUCAGUGCUGACGUGGCCGUCGGGCAAGGGGAGCUCGUGGAGUGCCUGUUCCCGAGUGACGGGCUCUCUGCCUGCCCUCACUACACAGAGCUUUUAAUGUUCCCUUCCAAAGAUGGGGCGGACCCGCAGCCCCCUGCAAGCCUUCAGCUCUACUACAAGCACUCUGAAAACAAAGGGCCUCAGGGUAGUCAAGCAAGACUUAGUUCAGUUCCUCAUAAAGCAGAAUUACAAAUUAAAUUAAAUCCUGUGUUUUGUGAACUGGACAUCAGCAUUGUGGACAGGUUAAAUUCCUUGCUUCAACCACAGAAACUUACGACAGUGGAGAUGAUGGUGUCUCACAUGUAUACGUCAUACAACAAACAUAUUAGUCUGCACAAAGCUUUUGCUGAAGUUUUUCUAGAUGAUUCACAUAACCCUGCAAAUUGUCGGCUCUCGGUACAAGUUGCCACUCCAGCAUUGAACCUCUCUGUUCGCUUCCCGAUUCCUGACCUUCGAUCAGAUCAGGAAAGAGGACCAUGGUUUAAGAAGUCUCUUCAGAAGGAGACCCUUCACUUGGCCUUCACAGACCUGGAAUUCAAGACUGAGUUCAUAGGAGGACCUAGCCCAGAACAAGUGCAAUUGGAACUUACCUUUAGAGACCUAGUUGGGUCGUUCCAGGAAGGGAAAGGGGAGCCACCUGUGAAGUUUUUCAAUGUGUCCAGUGGAGCAGACGGAGAUGUCACAUCGUCAGACGACUUUGACUGGCCCCGGAUCUUCAAUGACUUGCUGCUGUGGGAACCAACAGCCCCUUCACCUGUGGAGACAUUUGAAAACAUCUCAUAUGGUGGCGGGCUUUCCGUGGCCAGUCAGCUGAUUAACACCUUCAACAAAGAUAGUUUCAGUGCAUUUAAGUCUACAGUGCACUAUGACGAGGAAAGUGGAUCUGAAGAAGAGAGUGUGCAGUAUUUUUCUACCGUUGAUCCCAGCUGUCGUUCCCGAAGGAAGAAAAAGUUUGACUGUCAGAACAGGAGCUCACAGAGCUUUCUCUCCGUGCUUCUGAGUGUUAGUCAUGGCUUGGUGGCCGUGUUCACAGAAAUAAAGAUUUUAUACUUCCUGAACAUUGCUGAUGAGCCUGUUCUGGGAUAUAACCCUCCAGCUUCCUUCACAACUUUCCACGUUCAUCUCUGGAGCUGUGCACUCGACUAUCGGAUCAUCUUGGAUGAAGCUGCAUUGCAUUUGUCUGAGAAAUGUAAUGCUGUCACUGUAAAUUUGAACAGAGAUUAUGUGCGUGUGAUGGAUAUGGGGCUUUUGGAAUUAACCAUAACUGCUGUGAAGUCGGACUCUGAGGUAGAGCGAGCUGAGCCACGCUUCGAGCUGCACUGCUCCAGCGACGUCGUGCACGUCAGGACCUGCUCUGACUCCUGUGCUGCGCUCAUGAACCUCAUUCAGUACAUUGCAAGCUACGGAGAUUUGCACGCACCUCCCAAGGCAAACAUGAAGCCUGGAGCCUCUCCAAGAAAGAGCAAGGUAGAUUCCAGCAGUCGAUCAUCCUCACAUGGUCCAGUCCUUCCUGAAGCAGAUCAGCAGAUUUUACGAGAUUUGAUGAGUGAUGCCAUGGAGGAGAUUGACUUGCAACAAGCUACUGCGUCGGCGAGGCCACAGGCUAACGAAGCCCAGGAGAUGCUGUCAGUGAGCACCCCAUGUGUACGCACCCCCCGGUUCACACGCUGCACAGAUGAGAGUGGCCACGUGGCCCAGGAGCUGGGCCCUGCCGACACCUCCUUCCUUCCCCACCUGAUCAGUGACACGGUGGCAGGUGUCCCCACCGAGAACGAUGACUUUUGUAUUCUUUUUGCACCAAGAGCACCUCUUCAGGAGAAGGAGGAAGAACCAGUUGUGAAAAUGAUGGUUGAGGACACAAUCGUGAUAAGGGAUGACCAUUUCAGUCGGCCGGUGGGGAGGACAGACACCGGCAAGGCUCCGCUGCACUCGCCCAGCCCUGCCAUCCGGUAUGUGGUCAAGGAGGCCUCUCUGGUGAAGUUUCAGCACGAGGUCUACCCACCUUGCCAGCCAGAGCGUGAACCGCGCCUCGUGGAGCACCCAGUCUCCCGGCAGGUGUUCAUAGUCCAGGACCUGGAAAUUCGAGACCGUCUGAGGACGUCCCAGAUGAAUAAGUUUCUGUACUUGUAUUGCAGUAAAGAGAUGCCGCGGAAAGCACAUUCCAACAUGCUGACAAUUAAGGCACUGCACGUGCGCCCUGAGUCUGGCCGGUCGCCACAGGAGUGCUGCUUACGAGUGUCACUGAUGCCACUGCGCCUCAAUAUCGACCAGGCAUACACUUAA